UCUGGGACUGUCCUUCAUGCAGCGGUUGAAACAUUGUAUGUAUUUGUUUCCAUAAAUGGAUCCAUUUAUGGAAACAAAUACAUACAAUGUUUCAACCGCUGCAUGGAAGGACAGUCCCAGAACUGUCAUUAAUAGUCUAUUUCUGACAGUUCCAUGACAUUCCCUCCAUACAGCGGUUAAAACAGCUGUAUGGAGUGAAUGUCCCAGAUCUAUCAGAAAUAGACUAUUUAUGACAGUUCUGGGACAUUCACUCCAUACAGCUGUUUUAAAAACCGUUGUUGUCAUCUUCUUCUCAUCCUUCUAUCCUUCUUCUCAUCCUUCUUCUCAUCCUUCUCCUUCUUCUCUUCUCAUUCUUCUCCUUCUUCUCAUCCUUCUCCUUCUGCUCAUUCCUUCUUCU